AUGUACGGGUCGAAUCAGUCCGAUCCUCAACAGCCAGAAUGGCGACUGCCAGCACGCCGUCCCAUACCGACUUCUGAGCCUGCACCACCGCAGCAGCCUCCUCGGCCCCCGACGAGUGGAAGUACAUAUCAUCCGGCGAAUUAUGGCCCAAUAUCCAAUCCCAACACUCCCGCGCGGCCAAAUGUGUCGUCGUCGCCCGUAUCGCCCUUAUCGGGAAUGACCGAUCCCCGAACAUGGGGGGUGCAGUACAACAAACAUACGAUUCACGCUCCUCCACCUCUUCCACCCCGACCACCGAGCACCAACGAACGGCCGAAUAACUAUGCGCCGCCGCCGCCAUCGUCGCAGUCCCAGUCGCAACCCCACUCGCCCGCCUUGAACCCCAAUCCCCCACCCGCGAUUUCACAUCAAACAUAUGACGCGUUUGCGGAUGCUCGACCUCCCUCAGCAAACAGUAUUCCACCGCCGUAUAAUUUUCCACCGCGACAAAAUGAAGCUCCCAGUCCGCAAAUUCAAACACCCAGUGUUCCUCCGCCGCCUCCUAAAAUCCCCCAGGAUCAGCCCGCAGAGAGUCAACAGCCUUCUACUCGACCUCCACUACUUGCGCAGGGCAUUGGUCCAGCGGCUACACAAGGAUCGUAUGGACGUGCUUCAGAUUCUAAUGCAACUCCCACAUUCGCAUCUGCGCUAGGCCCGGGGACACCUUCCGACUGGGAACAUUUAGGUCCAACAGAGGGCGACUUUGAUGAUGCGCCAUGGUUUCCACCCAGAGAUCUUGCUCCUCCAUCGCCGGAAACCAUUCAAACACCCCCUGGCUUCUCUACUGGACUUUCGAAACCUGCUGUGGCCAGUGUCUCCAUGUCUCAGCCACCAGCGCAUCCCGAUCAGCAGGCCUAUAGUCCCACGCCUCCACAUCCAGGGAUCACCAAUCAGCAGGCUUAUGGUUCCAUGCCUCAGCCUCCAGUGAACGUUAACCAGCAGGCCUAUAAUUCCACAUAUCAGACUCCAAGACCGCGAAGGAAUGAUUCUGUCUCACCUGUUAGUCCUUCCACAGGAAAUAGGGUCCAUACAACAUCGCCCAAUCGUAUGGACAGCGUCAGCUCCAAUAGCACCUGGUCGCCGCGUACGGAGAGCAUCGACAAUGUCAUCGAUGCAUGGGUUAAACCUCUGGAACCUGCACCAAAGUCAACCGACUCCGACAAGGCUAGCUCGAUAUCACACCUAGACCUUCCAUCUACGACUAUCCAAAACAGUCCAGUGGAGACCCCGAAACCGCAAUCUCCUCCCCAGGAUAUGAGAUCAGUUCCUAAUACAGGAAGUCCUGCGGAAGUGCGAGGCAAUAUCGUACCCCAACCCGUCGAUCCAUAUGAGGACCUUGACCCGUGGUUCAAAUCUUCUCUGACGCGCUGCGUUGCGAUGCUGCGCAAGGAGGCGGUGGCGGAUUCCGAUGAAGAACGCUUCAAGAUAUUCACAGCUUUCAUGGCUAAGGAAACUAAGCUUCGGGAGAUCAUGUAUAACAUCGAGCAUGAGCCUCCUGUCAUUCAAGAGGUUCGUUCCUCUGAAGCUCGGCAGCAAUCACCAAUUUCUGAAGAGCGUAAGCCACCUAUCGAGUCUGGACUGAUUCCCGUGGAGACGGAGGAAGUCGAAUCACCUACCAAGAUCAGUGACGAUGUAGAUGACGACGGUACCGGGAGCGAAUACAGUGCGGGUGGUCGCCCCAUACUGGGUAAAGAACCCGGGCGCGGCUCAUCGUCGCAGAAGCCCAGGCUUUCGAUGUUUCCAGAGGAGAGUGAGAAGUCAAGACAUCCUGCUCGGACUUACUCGAUGCAUCUUUCAGAAGAACAACCGCCUUUAGAGCCUCUUGCCACGGAACCUCCGCGACCUAUCUACACCCCGUUCCAAUACACUGAAGGUCCUCAACGUGGCUCGGAUAAUCUAACGUUUGCUCGUCCAGCAUAUAAGGCCUAUUCUGAUCUACGGCAAGCAUCAGCUACCGGACGAGUCAUGUCAAAUGUCCCACCGAUCCAAUCCGAGUCUGCUCCUUUGACUGCAUCCACAUCUCCGUCCGAAGUUGAUGAGACUUUUAUUGGUCUCAUCCGGCAUAAGAGUAAUGCUUACCAGUUAAGCAGCCGAUGGAACGCCACUCCACUUCCAUCGCUGCCGGAAUCACUCAGGCAAGGACGACAAGAAGACUUGAUUGAAGACUUACGUACAAUGGUUCGGACACCAUUAGACAACCAACCGGAGAGCCCGUGGCAUAGCACAGCCCGGGAAGGCCUCGAUAAAUUCUCGGAUGAUCUAUCUUACGUUCAAAAGUCCAUUGAUGACUGGGAACAUGCCGCUACAGACCGUCGGCACAAACUUGAAGCUGAUCGUGCGACUCGACAAGAGCAGUCGGAGGCGCACAUUGACACGCUCUUCAACGAUAAGGAGAUUGGCUAUGCGGACAUCAAUACCUUGGAAGAGAACUUCCGGCAGACUGAAGCUCGUACUCAGCUUGAUGAGGAAAGGAAGGAAGUAGAUGAUUUUAUGUCCCAGGUUUCCAAUCCCGUGGAUAAACGUCUAAAGGAGGAGAUCUCUGCGCUUCGCAAGUCGUAUGAAACCGCUUUGAACCAGCUUGAUCGAGACCAGAAAGGAAAGGGUGCUGCUUCUGACCGGCACAGUCCGUCUGUGACCAUGAAAAUGGUCUACGAAAUCCACAAUCAGCUCGAGAUUCGGUUCCAGAAGCGACUUGAGCUUGCCCUAGACUGUGAGCGGCGACGUAAGAGGGCAGAGCGUCGUCCGCUCGUAUUCAUGGGUGAUAUGGCUAGUCUUCGACAGCUCGAUGGGGACUUUGACCUGAUGGAAAAACGCAACAUUUUGGAAGCAGCCAAGGACCGCGACGGGCGUGCCAACCAGCUUAUGGAUUCCUUUGACGAUGCCAUCUUGCACGGCUUAGGUAUGAAUCAAAGCCUCUUGGACGAGCUUUCAUCCAAAACAGCCCGCCUCGACCCCACGACUCUCCGCGCUUCCGGUCUACCCGAUUCUGAAAUCGAACAGAUUCUCAAAUCGGUGGCAACCUUCGCCGUAUCGCUUCGAGCCGAUUCCGAAGCGAUCCUUCGCAGCUCAGGAAUCGCAGAAAAGGCUCUAAACGAUGCCGACUACGCCGUGUCCGUUGCCGAAGCGCGAUAUGCAAAUUCGGAGUCGGAUAUCUUCGAGCGCCUCGAAGCCGAAAAGAAAAAAGAAGAUUUGAUCCUCGAUCGUGAUCUGGACUCGAAACUGCAAAGUAUUCAGAAAGGUCCUCAGGCUCUUGAUGCUACUAUCCAGCGGCUUAUCCGGGACUUAGCAAAGACCCCCAGAGUUGCGGCUCCGGUCUCCGUGGUUAUCGAUGAAGCUAGUCCCACGAGUCAACCUGUUGGAGUGCCAUCCUUGGAACUACCCUUGGAACUUCGCCCGGCCACCGUUCGCCCUCCCACUGUAGCUCCUAGUCAGACUCCGCCUGCACGUCGCCUCUCGGACCCGAAGAAUGAACACCAAGACAGACUACGCAGGGCGCUGGAAGAUGCAAAGAAGCGCAAUGCGGCCAAAUCGAGCCAAUGA